CUCUGUUAAAGAAUAAUUUGCUCUUUAAGUACUCAUGUCUAAUCCUACAUUUUCAAUAUUGUAUUCAACUGCUAAGGAAUGAAUUGGGGUUAUUAAAAGCAGCUUUGUAUAUGGGGAAUAGUGGUUAGGGGACUGAUGUGGGUGUAAAAAGCAGCGGGGAAGAAUAUUGAAGACACUGUUUUGAAGAAUGCCUCUUUUCCUCAGAAGGAAACUGCUGUUCUUCAGUGAGGGGGAAAAGGGCAUGAGAAUGCUUUAUUGAAUGAAAAAAGAUAAGGUGCAAAAUAGCAUAAUGAGAGAAGAAUUAUUGUAGGCUAAAUACUCUUCUCUAAAAAUACCACCAGCAAGAUUCUCACUCACAUAAGAAGUGGAAGGGAUAUUGCAAAAGAAUGAAGCUACUACUCGUGGAAAAAGGGAGCUUGUUCUAUAUUUGUAUCAACUUAUUCCUCUUUGUACUGUUAACACAACUGCACUAUCCAAUCCAAUAUUGAAGUCUUAACCAAUUUUUUUUUUUGUAAAUAAGCAAACAAAAUAAGGGACACUCUGAAAGAGAAAACAAAAGGGAUGGGUGAGUUUAACUUUUUACUCUGGAGUUGAGCUCUAAAGCUGAGUUGAAAAGUCCUACCUCUGAGGGUGGAAUCCAAGCAAGGAGGGCCAGUGGGAAGGGCACUGGUUUGAAACUUAGGAACCCUGAGUUCCAUUCCUUUCUUGGGCCCAGACUUCAUAGGGGAUCUUGGGCACAUCAUUUAGGCCUACUUGACAGAUGGGGAAUUGAAGUACAGACAGACUUGGGGCCAGAUCCUCAAAGGUAUUUACUCAGCUAACUACCAUCAAAAUCAGUGGAAGUUAAAUAUGUAUUGCUGAGGACUAGGGUUUAGUCUCUGUCCCUCAGUUGCCCAUCUCUUAAAUGGGAAUAUUUCUUCCCUACGUUCCAGCUGUGUUGAGAGGAUAAACACAUUAAAAUGUGUGACAUGCCCAGAUACUCAUAAUGGGGGGCUAUUUUAAAGCGUUUUUUUAAUGGAAGAGGACCACUUAGUAGAUUGGCAGAUGGUUUUCUAGGGAAACAGCUGAGAUGGAUUAUUAUGCAAUUGUUGUCUCGAAAUAAGUAAGUUUUGACAUUGCCUUCUCCUUUCAGACUGCAGAGAUACAAUCAGACAUCCAUUUAGCUGUGAUUGUCCUAGUAAAAAUAUUGUCUGAUACAUUGGUGUUAAAAGAAACAAAAUUGGAUGGGUCUUUCACAGUGAUGCUAUACAGGUUUCUCUGUGAUAGGCAGGUGCCUGAGGAAAAUGUUGCUAGGAUAAUUGUCUAGGGUUGAACUCAUGGUGAGGAAUCACAAUACAAUUAUAAAAUCUUCUAUAAGGUGAAUCAGUCAGCUGUGUGAGGAAGAAUGGCUGCCACCAGAAAUGACUUUCCGCAUGUGAAAAAAAAAAUGUCACAGGAGUUGAGUUGUCCCAAAAGACCUUUCAUCAACUUUAGAAGGACCCUUUAUCUUGCAACACAGGUGCCUCUACGGGGUGGUUUCAAUGUUAAAAAUAUGACAAAGUGUUUUAAGAUACUAAGUGGCCUCCUUUCCCUUUUGGCCAUCAAAGUAGGAAAAAUGGUACUGGUAUUUCUGGACCAAUAAACAAAAGAAGCCCCUGGGCUUUGAGACAGGCACUAAUUGAACUAGAUUCUGGGUAAUAAACUGCCUAACACCUUUCUUGUCAGAGUACUAAAGACAAUAUUGUCACACAACAACUAUACCAGCAAGCAAAAACAGCCUGGUGACAUUGUGGCACUGACCAAAAAGAGGCACCAAAAUAAAGAAAAAAUGUAUGAGUGUGUCAAAAGAAAGCACAGCGGCAGAGCACCAAAAACAGUGCUUAGCCCUAAAGACUAGUGCUAUCUCCCACUGCAGCGGACACUGAAGUAAUGACACAAUGCUGUCAAAAAUCUAUAAAAUCAUACUGAAAUCGAUUAGAAGACAAAGCUAUUAGUAAGAAAAGAAUACCCCAAAAAAGUUGGUCAGGAUCUGCUGAAGAGGUGAAAGAGUGGCUCCUGAGGUGCAGGCUUGUCCUGAAAGCUAUUGCAUUACAGUAAAGAAGAAAUUGAAAGGUCAAAGACAACAGGUAUACUCUGCUGCAGCUAACACGACAGCCAACAGAGGCCUGUCUGACUUGCACUCUUUGCAGCUACUGCUGCCCUAAACAGAGCUGUAUGUGCAAUGUAGUUGUUGUAGCUGUGUGAGAAUUCCAGCAAUAGGAUGUUAAAGGGACAUGGUGGGUGAGGUAAUGUCUUAUAAUAGACCAACUUUUGUGUGUGUGAGAGAGAGACAAGCUUUCAAGCCCCAACUGAAGAAGAGCUGUGUGGCUUGAGAGCUUGUCACAGAAGUAAAUUGAUCCAAUAAAUUAACCCACCUUGGCUCUAGGUAACACUAGGGAAACUCCGCCAGUCUCACACGAAGAGGCUAAAACUCAAGUGUGAGUAUCCUGUACCGACCGUAUCUUUAGAGAAAAAUCGUAACUUUAAUGCAUGCUUACUAACAGCAUACAAAAAGGGCUUCAAGCGAGGGAAUGCCAAGAUCACCCGUGUGCGUUUCUUCAACUACCUCUAUGGGAUCGACUUUUUUUUUUUUUUUUUUUUAAAGGCAGAAUCUAUUGAUUUCAGCGGGGCUAGCUGUCUAAAAAGUGGUAUGGGAGGCCGUGAGCUAUUCCUGCGCAAUUCCAAUCUGAGCUAGCCGGGUCAAAGAAAGGGCACGGUGUGGGCGACGGAAGGCUGCACGGUGCCCACACAUCAUAGGAAAAGGCUCCGUAAAUCACUUGCCUGCCUCUGUCUCUCCUCUAGCUCGCCAAUCUUUGGGGGGAGGGGCCGUCUCGAGAUCCGUCCUGUGGCCCUGAACAGCUGGGAUAACGCCUAAACGGGGCCAGCGGGGCUUGAGGUGCUGGCCUGAGCCCGAGCCUCGGGGGGGGGAGGGACCCAGCCGCUGUUGGGUCCUCCCCGCUGGUCGCCGGAAGACGCUACAGGAGGGGCGCGCCGCACUCCCAGCUCACCCCCCGCCCUUUGCACGCGCCGUCCUCCUCCUCCCCCUUCGCCGGCACGGGGAGGGCUCGGAGCAUGCGCUUUGGGGACUAUCUGUCUUGAGGCCCUGUUCCAUCAAAGAGGCGGGGCCCGCUUCUUCCCACAUUGCACCGCGCCAGCAGCGCGCGCGGCUGCGAGCCGACUUGCGUCCUGUUUUUGGCUGCCUGUGCUAUGGCGGUCGCGCUGCUGGGCCGGGCCCUGGCCGCUUUUCCCAGCGCCCGGCACGUUCUCAGAUGCAGCACUACAUACUCAGUGGAGAAGUGGUUUUCAAAACAGAUCAGUUCCGAUAAUCCUCCAAAGCGACCCUUAACAGCCUACUUUCGUUUUGUAAAAGAUCAGCAGCCCGUUUUUAGGAAACAAAAUCCCGAUGUGAGCGUUUUGGAGAUAGCAAAAAAAAUUGCAUAUGCUUGGAAAGAGUUACCAGUGUCAGAGAAACAAACAUAUGAAGCAGCUGCAAAGGUAGAAAGGCAAGCAUACAAAGAAGAGCUGGCCACAUACAAAGCACAGUUAAGUCCAGCUCAGAUAGUAGCUUUGAAAGAAGAAAGGAGACAAAAACGGGCAAAAAGAAAAGCAAUGAGGAAAAAGAGGGAAUUAACAGUGCUUGGAAAGCCUAAAAGACCUCGUACUGGCUUUAACAUUUUUAUGUCUGAACACUUCCAAGAAGCUAAGGGAGUUUCAGUUCAGGCAAAGAUGAAGAAUUUAUUUGGAGAAUGGCAAGAUCUAUCCAGUUCUCAAAAGCAGACAUAUCUACAGCUUGCUGAAGAUGACAAGGUUCGGUAUGAAAAUGAAAUGAAGUCAUGGGAGGAGCAAAUGGUUGAUGUUGGACGUGAAGAUCUGAUACGUUACAAAAACAGAAGACUCAAAAAGUCAAGAGUUGCAACAGAGAAGAAAACUGUAAAAAAGGUUAUUUCAAAAAAGAGAGUUAAAACUAUAAAGAUUCAAAGAACUAAAGAUUCUUCAUUGCCAGAAGUUAGGGCAAAAUUAAAAACAAGUUCUGAAGAAUAAAGCUGGUAAAUGUUUUUUAUAUUUAAUUACUUGAUUGCUAUGACUUUAUUCUGCUUGUAAGUGUUAGUGCUUGUGCUAAGUGCAUUGAAUUUUUUGGGGGAAAAAAUGGUUUGUAUAAGAUAUAUUUAAAAAAAAAAUUGGGUAAGAGGGAUUUGAAUCUCUCUCAAUUAUCCAGAGAAAUGAUCUCUGCAGGUGUAGCAUAGUCUGUAUAAACAUAAUCAACAUUAAUCAAGCUGUGAAUACUUUUGAUACUAACUGAUCGUGAUGGGAAGAACAUUCUUGAGCCCACAAUAAUGCAGACAAGUUAGUUUUUGUAACUUAUUCAAUAUUUUAAUGAAAGCAACCAUAUUCUACAAUCUUACCUUCUCGAUGUUGUAACGAAUUAGGAGGUGAAACUUGAAUUUACAACAGAGGUAUGUUCUGUUCCCUCCCUAAUGUUAACAGCGCAUGCAUUAGCUGGAAAUAAAUGUCUAGGUGUGUA